AUGGACGCCACGACCAAAGUGCAGUUGCUUGCGCUCACCGCCGCUGCAGGCGCCUCGUUGGCCUCCUUCUGGCUGGCUAAAUCUCAGGCAACGCAAUCUUCAUCUUCAUCUUCAUCUUCAUCUUCUUCAUCGACGAAGAACAAGCUCGCCAGCGAACACUUUGCGCCGCCGUUCGUGGGUGCGCUCGACCAGGGCACCUCCAGCACCCGCUUCAUCGUCUUCGACUCACGCACCAACAUCGUCGUGUCGCACCAGAUGGAACUCCCACCGCUCUAUCCGCAGCCCGGGUGGGCGGAGCACUCGGGCGAGGCCAUCCUCCGGCAGAGCGAGGAGUGCAUCGCGGGCGCCGUGGCCAAGCUGGAGGCGCUGGGCUACGCCGCGUCGGACAUAAAGGCCGUCGGCAUCACCAACCAACGCGAGACCACCCUCGUGUGGGACCGCAUCACCGGCGUCCCCCUCUACAACGCCAUCGUGUGGCUGGACAGCAGGACGCACGCGAUUGUGGAGGAGCUGCUGCAGCAGGAGAAUUUCCAGGCGGCGGGCAAGGACACGCUGCGGCCCGUCUGCGGGCUGCCGCUCUCGACCUACUUCUCGGCCACCAAGCUCGUGUGGCUCAUCAAGAACGUGCCCGCCGUGCAGCAGGCCAUCCAGGACGACCGCUGCAUCUUCGGCACUGUCGACACCUGGCUCAUCUGGAAUUUGACGGGCGGCCCGAAUGGCGGAGCGCAUGUGACGGAUGUGACGAACGCGAGCCGCACCAUGCUCAUGAACCUCAAGACCCUCCAGUGGGACUCGUCCGCCUGCGAGGUGUUUGGGAUUCCGAUGUCGAUCCUUCCCCGGAUUCGUAGCUCGGCCGAGGAGUACGGCCACAUCAUUUCGGGUCCGCUCGCCGGCGUGCCCCUCACUUGCUGUUUGGGCGAUCAGCAGGCGGCGCUGGUGGGCCACAUGUGCUUCGCGCGGGGCGAGGCCAAGAACACGUACGGCACGGGCUGCUUCCUCCUGGUCAACACCGGCGAGGAGAUCGUGCACAGCAAGCACGGCUUGACCACCGUCGGUUAUCAAUUGGGGCCGGCGGAAGCGCCGCACUAUGCGCUCGAAGGCGCCGUCGCGAUGGCGGGCGAGGCGGUGAGAUGGCUCCUGCAGGACAUGCAGCUCAUCUCGUCCUACUCGGAAAUCGUGGACGACGCGGGCGGAAUGUACUUCGUGCCGGCCUUCACGGGCCUCCUGGCGCCCCACUGGCGAAGUGACGCUCGCGGGGUGGCAGUGGGGAUGAGCUCGACGACGAAGCGUGCCCACUUUGUGCGGGCGGUGCUGGAGGGCGUGGCGUUCCAGACGUGCGAGGUGCUGGAGGCGCUGACGGAGGACUCCGACCUGCGGCUCAAGUCGCUGAAGGUGGGCGGCGGCAUGGCCGUCAACGACCUCUUCCUCCAGAUCCAGGCCGACCUGCUCGGCAUCGAAGUCACACGCGGACCGACGGUGGAGACGACGGCGCUGGGCGCCGCGGUGGGUGCGGGCCUGGCGGUGGGGGUCUACUCGCGCGAGUUCCUGACCGAGCUGCACGCCCACGCCGAGACUGGGUUCGAGCCCAGGAUGGAGCCCGGCGUGCGCCAGGAAAAGGCCAAGGGCUGGGUCAAGGCUGUGCACAAGUCCUUUGGUUGGGUUGAUGGCCAAGCAGUGUAG